AUGAAUAUCCUGUUGCUCCUACUGGACUGUGUUUUGCUUGCCUUUAUGUUUAUUUUCUGGACAAACCAGUUUCAGAGAAACAUUGAUGAAAUAUCAUCAGAUUCUACUGUUCUUGUACUAGUAAGACCAUCCUCUUCUACUGGGUCAACUAAGUAUAAUACUGUUAAGAGUCGAGUCUUCAACCUCUCUCAGGAUAUGUUAAUUAAUUUCCCACACUUGAUAGUCAUACAGGAACUAAUACUGGUAAACCUCAGCAUGACAGAAUACAAGUUGGCUGAAGUGGAAUAUUUCCUAGUUACCAAGGGUUAA